UUUUAAUCACCUUCAAUAGUUCUUUAAAGGGGACAUAACACACAGUUUCGCCAGGCUCAUGUUAAUCUUGAGGACCUAUAGAUAAAUUAUUUCCAGUUCACUAAUCUGUGAAUAUAUGAAUAGACUAUGAUUGAUGUUGACUGACCCCGAUGACCCUUACCAUGUUGUUUUUUAUUUCACCUGCAGCUGAUGACAGGGACUGGUCUGAAGAUCAAGAAAAUGUGUUGCAGACAUCAACCAAUCAACCUAAAGCUCCACAAGUGAACAAGUCUUUUGAAUGCGAGCAGUGUGGAAAGGCCUUUCCAAAGAUGUUUUCUUUGGUGCAGCACAAACGUGUGCAUUCAAUCGUGAGGCCUCACACUUGUGAAAAGUGCGGGAAGAAAUUCACACUGCUGAGAGCGCUAGAGACCCACCUUCGCAAACACUCGCAGAAGUUCGAGAAGAAGAAAUUCCCCUGCGCUACUUGCGGAAAGAGCUUCAGAGAUCUUGCAGCGCACAAACUAGUUCACGCCGACGUCAAACCAUUUACCUGUGAAACAUGCGGACAGGGAUUCACAAUCAAAAGAAGCUUAUACAUGCACCAGAGAGUGCACACAGGCGAAAAACCAUACAGAUGCGACACCUGCGGAAAGUGUUUCUCGCUGAUUGGCACGUUGAACUACCACAAGAGAAUUCAUUCAAAUGACAGGCCGAUAAAAUGCAGCCACUGCAAUAAGAGCUUCAAAUACCAUAAACUUCUGAAGCUCCACCUCCGCGUGCACACGGGCGAGAGGCCGCACACCUGCGACAUCUGUGGGAAAAGUUUUGCACUUUCCGGGACUCUAAAACGCCACAUCCUCAUUCACACCGGCGACAAACCGUACGUCUGCGAGGUGUGCGGCAGAAGAUUCAACCAGAGAAGCACUCUGAAAGGCCACAUGCGAGUCCACGGAGAAAAGCGAUUUAUGUGUGAAAUGUGCGGCAAAACAUUCCAGUAUAAUUACGUCCUGAGGAACCACAUUCUAACACAUGAUCAGAUUGGAAAUCCAGGAGAUAAGAGCAACGCUCAGCGCUGCGACGUCUGUGGGAAGUUCCUGAGCUCUGCCUACGCGUUAAAAGCUCACUUGCAGUUGCAUUCGGACAACAGCAAGCCUCAUACGUGCACGUUAUGCGAGAGAAGGUACAGCAGCGUACAUUCCCUCCGGAUGCAUGAGCAGCUUCACACGGGAGAGAAACCGUUCAAGUGCGAGAUCUGUGGUAAGGACUUUUCUCUGAGGGCUUCGUAUAAAACCCAUAUGUUCCUGCAUUCUGGAGAAAGACCUCACAAAUGUGUUUUGUGUGGGAAAAGAUUCAAGCUGUCGAGCUCUCUGAAAAUGCAUGUACGCACUCAUACCGGUGAAAAACCUCAUAAGUGUGAAACCUGUGGGAAGGCGUUUCAUUUGUCGGCCAAUUUGAAGAGACACAGGCUCGUGCACACCGGGGAAAAGCCAUUUACCUGUGACAUUUGUUUGAAGAGUUUCACACAGCCCAACAAUUUGAAGGCACACAUGCACAUUCACACUGGCAAAAAGCCGUACACGUGCACUAAGUGCUGGAAGAGUUUUGCCUAUCAGAGAAACUGCAAAGUUCACAAAUGUGCUCCACUUACAGACUGCUGAACUGGUAAUGUCUACCAAAAGGUGCUUGGAGUUCAUGUAAGAUUGUAAAUAAUUUUAUGAAAGUUGAAAUGAACAUGAAAUGCUUGACUGUAUUUAUUUAUAAAAAUAAAUAAAUAAAAUGUUUUCCUUGUAA